AAUGAUCCGUGAGCCCAGUUGGUUUGGAAGGACAGCAGCAGUUUUUUAGUGCUGUUUUAAAAACCUGUUAUUUGAUCAACUUAACAUUGAACAUGCUUGGCAAGCAUGGGAAAUGAACAGAGAGAAUGCCAGUGUUUGGAACUAUUCCGUCUCCAUCACCCGGAAACUGGCAGAAAGCUGCGCUGCCAGUCUUUACAAAGGUGUCCUGUGGGCAUGUCGUUACUCUACUAUCGCAAACACUGGCAGAUUUAUCUUUACAAAUAAGCUCAACAAGUAUUUAAUUUCCACCAUGGUUAAUGCCCCCUAGUGGGAUUAGGAACAUAAUGUGUUAGACUAGGCUACUUUUGAAAUGUCUGAAAUAAAUAUUUUUGCGCAUGGGAUCAACUGAAUAAUAAUUAGGCUACAAGUUGAAAUAAAUGCUGUAGUCUUUAAUCGCAUGCGUCUGCCUAUAAAAUAUGCUAAACUAUCUGAACAUUUUUGAAUAUGCUUCGUUUUAAUGGGAGUCCGGAAAACUGAUCAGUGGGCAUUGUGAAAAUUUUUACGUCAACAAUUGGCUGCUGUUCAUCACGAUCCUUGUGAGGAAAAGGCACAGGUUAACUGAUUAGGUCUCUUCUUGCAGAUUAGAACUGCGCGCCUGGAGAAAUAUGCUAAUCAACCAAGCACUGUGGUAGGGAGGUUCAUACUAGCAGCUGGGAGCUAUUUUACCACGUGACAGGAGUGAUGUUUCUCUUGCUGUAGCAGCCAUCAUUAUACUCAAUACCAGUCCAUCCUAAAAAAGGAAAGAAGCACAAGGAUAAAACCAACCAUGGAUUAACACGGGAGAAUUAUUCUUUCUAACGAGAUUUGAUUACAUCGCCUUUUCCACCUAUGAUUUGUUUUCUUACUUUUGUAGAAGUAAAGGUGGGCUUGACGUGCAUCUGUCCUGACUUGGUCUCCCAGCAAGUUGUGACACCUGGCCCUCUUGAUUGGCUGACAGUAGCACGAAGCAUUGGACCUCGGCAGACAUUUUUCCCCCCCUUUCUACCCCCUCCUCUGUUCCCUCUCUGUUUCUCUCUCCCUGUAUCACCAGCCCUGACGGAGGAGGGGGGUGGGCCUGGGUGUUCGGGAGGAUAAAACAGCCCAGCAUGGGGCAGAAGGUUCCGGGAGGCAUCAAAGCAGUGGACAUGCGUGACCCGGCGCUGCGGCCCCUCAAGCUGGAGCUGCAGGCGCAGGACUACGCCAAGCCCUCACGGCUGGACAUGCUCUUGGACAUGCCGGGGGCAGGAGCGGACAUUCAGGUGCAGCACUCGUGGAACAAUGAUGACCGCUCGCUCAACAUCUUCGUCAAGGAGGACAACAAGCUCGUCUUCCACCGUCACCCGGUGGCGCAGAGCACAGACGCCAUCCGCGGGCGGGUGGGCUACACGCGCGGCCUACACGUCUGGGAAAUCCAUUGGGCCAUGCGGCAGCGGGGCACGCACGCCGUGGUCGGCGUGGCCACUGGCGAGGCGCCGCUUCACUCGGUGGGCUACACGGCGCUGGUGGGCAACAACCAGGAGUCCUGGGGCUGGGACCUGGGUCGGAACAAACUCUACCAUGACGGGAAGAACCAGCCCAGCAAGACCUACCCAGCCUUCCUGGAGUCCGACGAAACCUUUCUAGUGCCGGACUCGUUUCUGGUGGUGCUGGACAUGGACGAGGGCACGCUGAGUUUUAUGGUGGACGGACAGUAUCUGGGGGUGGCUUUCCGGGGACUGAAGGGCAGGAAGCUGUACCCUGUAGUUAGUGCGGUGUGGGGACACUGUGAAAUAAGGAUGCGGUACAUCAAUGGGCUUGAUCCGGAGCCACUGCCUCUGAUGGACCUAUGCCGGCGCUCGGUGCGCGUCGCGCUUGGACGGGAACGUCUGAGCGAGAUUCACGGACUGCCUUUGCCAGCCUCUCUCAAGAACUACCUGCUCUACCAAUGAUGCUGGGAGUGCCUUUACCUCAGCACCUGGCAUACCUCUCUCUCUCUCUCUCUCUCUCUCUCUCUCUCUCUCUCUCUCUCUCUCUCUCUCUCUCUCUCUCUCUCUUUCUCUUUCUCUUUCUCUUUCUCUCUUGGAUUUUAUUUCUUUGACUCUGGAUUUGGUACAAUACUCCUGUUUUUAUUUUUUUUUUAAAACAAAGUCUGACCCAGGACUUUUCUCGUCCAAUGUUUCUGACGUGUUUACAGUCACAUACUGAUGAUCAUGUACUGGAAUCUUUUUUUUUUUUUUGUAGUAUCAAACUAAAGCUUAUGGAACACUGUACAGGCACUGGUCCAAGACAUCUGCAAAAACAAAAUGGCUUCUUCUCGAGUCUCACACCUGUCAGUGUGUUGAAAGUGCAAUGAGCUUUGGUGGAGUCCCAUCCAUGGCUGCCAUGGCCUCCUCAUCCUCCGCCCUUCAUCCCCCUUGCUUCAUCCAUUUUGUUUUUCCUUUUUUUAAAAGCCGUUCCAGUUGUGCAGAAUGGAUAUGAUGUCAUGGUCAUGUGAUGUGCCCGUCUGGUACUAUCUGACAUGCUUGUGUGGCUGAUCAUUGGUAUGUCUAUCUGCUGGCACUAUGUCUUGCCUUUAGUUAGUUGUGAGUUAUUUGUAAAGCAGUAUGAUGCCUAUGAGGCAUGCUAGUCUCUUUUGGUCACUACAUGCCAAACUGCUGGCUAAAAAUGGUUCAUUUGGACUGGGACACAAUUUUAAGCCCAUAAGAUGCCAUUUUCAAAAGUGGUACUUUCAUUUUUAAUACCCCAUAUAGACAUGAUGCACGCACACACGCCUCUUGUCAUUGUAUAUGCAUUAAAUUAGCUACCGUAGGGUAAAGAGUACAUCAUGCUUAUUCUUAGAUGUAUGAGAACAGUGGGUGGGGAACUGUUUGUAGAUGUGGAGGGGAGCGCUGGGGAGGUGUAACAAUCUCCCAGCAGUUUACUCAUCCACCACGGGGCCAAGCUAGCCCUACCUCUCUGGACUAUGAGGUAGCUCCAGGGUGGACAUUUCCUCCUUCUCCCCUCCCCACUCCCUUCUCACCCCUGGCUACACUCCCCAUACCCUAGUGUUCAGGUUCCCACUGCAACAUAAGUGCCUGUAAGUGUAACACCAGAGCAUUACUGGGAGGGGGGUAGUUUUUAAGGAAACCAUUUUGAAAAAAAAAGUGCUUUUCAAAAGAAUGAUUGAAGGAUUAUGUCACUGUGAAAAUUUGUAGCAUCCUGUCGCUCCUGGAUGUAAGUUGCACAGCUUUCAUCCAUGCCCAGCAUCACCCCACCCCACCCCAUCUUAUCUUUUUAAUGUGUCAUGAAAAAUUAAUGUACAAUCACUUGAUCAAUGAUUUUUAAUCAUUUAGCCCAUCUUGGAUGUCUAAAGACAGUGUGUGUGUGUGUGUGUUUUUUUUUUUUUUUUUUUUUUUUUUUUUUUGUUUUUUUUUUUUCUCUUUGUUUUCAUAUGUUGGGAAAAAGUGUAUUGAUACGACCAGGGUCUACGAUAGGCCAAGGCCAGGACUAUAUGUAGGCAAUCUUGUCACCAAAUGCUAUUUCAGUGCAAUGGAGUUUUGGUGGCAACAUUGCACUCUGUUUGUUUUUGACACUGUCAUUGGGUGGCUCACUCUCGAUCCAUUUGAGCCAUUUGAUAUUUCUCUGUCUGGGGUGAGGGAUUGGAUGAUUAGGAACUUGUUUCUGUGAUCAUACGAGAGGCCUGUUUUAAACUUGAUGCAGAGAUGGUGAACGUUUGCCAAGAUAUAGUCAUGUUUUUUUUGUUUCCUUUUUAUUUUGUUUGUUUUUAAUUCCUCUUUCUCUCUCUGACUUGUUUUGUCAUUCAUAGGCUUUUUUUAAAAUGAAAAUUGCAGAAUGCCAGCUGUGGUUUGAGUUCAUGUAAUUGAGUAUGGACGACUGAGGUGCUGGCCGCAUUUUAUAGCCCCUCUCUGCCUGCAGGUGAUCAUUCUCUCUUGUAUUCAGUGAUGUAGAUAAUGUUAACUCUAAUAAAGUUUAUUAUAAAUUA